AGGCCGAGCCGGGAGAGCCCCCGCCCCGGGAGGAAGGGGAGGAGGCCGGGUGUUUCCUGGCGCAUUCCCGGCCCGCCCGAGUGACUCACUCAGCCAGGAAACUCCCAGGGUCCGCCUGGGACCCCUGGAGCCGCGGCCGCCGUCGACCCAGGCCAAGAUGGCGGCCCAGGUGACGCUGGAGGAUGCACUGUCCAAUGUGGACCUCCUGGAAGAGCUGCCUCUGCCUGACCAGCAGCCCUGCAUUGAGCCCCCACCAUCCUCACUGCUCUAUCAGCCAAAUUUCAACACUAACUUUGAAGACAGAAAUGCAUUUGUUACCGGUAUUGCAAGAUAUAUUGAACAAGCGACUGUCCAUUCUAACAUGAAUGAAAUGCUGGAGGAGGGCCAAGAGUAUGCGGUCAUGCUGUACACCUGGAGGAGCUGCUCUCGGGCCAUCCCACAGGUGAAAUGUAACGAGCAGCCUAAUAGAGUGGAAAUUUAUGAGAAAACCGUAGAGGUCCUGGAGCCUGAGGUCACAAAACUGAUGAAUUUUAUGUACUUCCAGAGAAAUGCCAUCGAGCGAUUCUGUGGGGAGGUGAGGCGUCUGUGUCACGCAGAGAGAAGGAAGGACUUCGUGUCUGAAGCCUAUUUGAUUACGCUGGGCAAGUUCAUUAACAUGUUUGCUGUGCUGGAUGAGCUUAAGAACAUGAAGUGCAGUGUGAAGAACGACCACUCGGCAUAUAAAAGGGCUGCUCAGUUUUUACGGAAAAUGGCAGACCCACAGUCCAUCCAGGAAUCGCAGAAUCUGUCCAUGUUCCUGGCCAACCACAACAAAAUCACGCAAUCUUUGCAGCAGCAGCUUGAAGUGAUUUCUGGCUAUGAAGAGCUCCUCGCCGAUAUCGUGAAUCUGUGUGUGGAUUACUAUGAGAAUAGGAUGUACCUGACACCCAGUGAGAAACACAUGCUUCUCAAAGUCAUGGGGUUUGGUCUAUACUUGAUGGAUGGGAGUGUCAGCAACAUUUAUAAACUUGAUGCCAAGAAAAGAAUAAAUUUAUCCAAAAUCGAUAAGUACUUCAAGCAGCUCCAGGUGGUUCCACUGUUCGGGGACAUGCAAAUAGAACUGGCAAGAUACAUCAAGACCAGCGCCCACUAUGAGGAAAAUAAAUCUCGAUGGACGUGCACAUCGUCCAGCAGCAGCCCGCAGUAUAACAUCUGUGAGCAGAUGAUCCAGAUCCGGGAGGACCAUAUGCGCUUCAUCUCGGAGCUGGCGCGCUACAGCAACAGCGAGGUUGUCACAGGGUCAGGCCGCCAGGAGGCUCAGAAGACAGAUGCUGAGUACCGGAAGCUGUUUGACCUGGCCCUGCAGGGUCUGCAGCUGCUGUCACAGUGGAGUGCUCAUGUGAUGGAAGUGUAUUCAUGGAAACUUGUGCACCCAACGGACAAGUACUCCAACAAGGACUGCCCAGAUAAUGCCGAGGAGUAUGAGCGUGCCACCCGCUACAACUACACCAGUGAGGAGAAGUUCGCCCUGGUGGAGGUGAUCGCCAUGAUCAAAGGUCUGCAGGUGCUGAUGGGCAGGAUGGAGAGUGUGUUCAACCAUGCCAUCCGGCACACCGUCUAUGCUGCACUGCAGGACUUUUCCCAGGUUACUCUCCGGGAACCACUCAGGCAGGCUAUCAAGAAGAAGAAGAACGUCAUCCAGAGUGUCCUGCAGGCCAUCAGGAAGACAGUGUGCGACUGGGAGACUGGGCAUGAGCCCUUCAAUGACCCAGCCCUGCGGGGCGAGAAGGACCCCAAGAGCGGCUUUGACAUCAAAGUACCCCGGCGCGCUGUAGGACCCUCCAGCACUCAGCUUUACAUGGUGAGAACCAUGCUAGAGUCCCUCAUUGCAGACAAAAGUGGUUCCAAGAAAACCUUGAGAAGUAGCCUUGAGGGGCCCACCAUAUUGGACAUAGAAAAAUUUCAUCGAGAGUCAUUCUUCUACACUCACUUGAUAAAUUUCAGUGAAACACUCCAGCAGUGCUGUGACCUUUCACAGUUGUGGUUCCGAGAGUUCUUUCUGGAACUGACAAUGGGCAGGAGGAUCCAGUUCCCUAUUGAGAUGUCCAUGCCCUGGAUCCUGACAGACCACAUCCUGGAGACCAAGGAGGCGUCAAUGAUGGAGUACGUCCUGUACUCCCUGGACCUGUACAAUGACAGCGCACACUAUGCCCUCACCAGGUUCAACAAGCAGUUUCUCUACGAUGAAAUUGAGGCAGAGGUGAAUCUAUGCUUUGACCAAUUUGUUUAUAAGCUGGCAGACCAGAUAUUUGCAUAUUAUAAGGUUAUGGCAGGAAGUUUGCUUCUUGAUAAACGUUUACGAUCAGAAUGCAAGAAUCAGGGAGCAACGAUUCAUCUCCCGCCAUCUAACCGCUAUGAGACACUGCUUAAGCAGAGGCAUGUGCAGCUCCUAGGCAGAUCCAUAGACCUUAAUCGCCUGAUUACUCAGCGUGUCUCAGCAGCCAUGUAUAAGUCUCUGGAACUGGCUAUUGGACGAUUUGAAAGUGAAGACCUGACAUCAAUAGUUGAGUUGGAUGGCCUUUUGGAAAUCAACCGCAUGACCCACAAGCUGCUAAGCAGGUACCUGACACUGGAUAGCUUUGAUGCCAUGUUCCGGGAGGCCAACCACAAUGUGUCAGCGCCCUAUGGGAGAAUCACCCUCCAUGUCUUCUGGGAACUCAACUAUGACUUCCUGCCCAACUACUGUUACAAUGGCUCCACCAACCGAUUUGUUCGGACAGUAUUACCAUUUUCUCAAGAAUUUCAAAGAGAUAAACAGCCUAAUGCACAACCCCAGUAUUUGCAUGGAUCAAAGGCUUUGAACUUGGCGUACUCUAGCAUUUAUGGCAGCUACCGGAACUUCGUGGGGCCUCCUCACUUCCAGGUCAUCUGCCGGCUGCUCGGCUACCAGGGCAUUGCAGUGGUCAUGGAGGAGCUGCUGAAGGUCGUGAAGAGCCUGCUGCAAGGCACAAUCCUGCAGUACGUGAAGACGCUGAUGGAGGUGAUGCCCAAGAUCUGCCGCCUGCCCCGGCAUGAGUAUGGCUCUCCUGGCAUCCUAGAGUUCUUCCACCACCAGCUGAAGGACAUUGUUGAGUAUGCAGAGCUGAAGACUGUGUGCUUCCAGAACCUGCGGGAAGUGGGCAAUGCUGUCCUCUUCUGCCUACUCAUCGAGCAAAGCCUGUCUUUAGAAGAAGUGUGUGACCUGUUGCAUGCAGCCCCAUUUCAGAACAUCUUGCCGAGAGUCCACGUGAAAGAGGGCGAGAGACUUGAUGCCAAAAUGAAAAGACUAGAAUCAAAGUAUGCCCCGCUGCAUCUUGUCCCUCUGAUUGAAAGACUGGGGACCCCUCAGCAAAUUGCAAUAGCAAGAGAGGGGGACUUGCUGACAAAGGAGCGUCUCUGCUGUGGCCUGUCUAUGUUUGAAGUUAUCCUGACUCGGAUCCGGACCUUUCUGGAUGACCCUAUCUGGCGUGGGCCUCUCCCCAGCAAUGGAGUCAUGCAUGUGGAUGAGUGCGUUGAGUUUCACAGACUGUGGAGUGCCAUGCAAUUUGUCUAUUGUAUUCCUGUGGGAACACACGAGUUUACAGUCGAGCAGUGCUUUGGCGACGGGCUCCACUGGGCUGGCUGUAUGAUCAUUGUACUUCUUGGGCAACAGCGGCGCUUCGCAGUCCUGGAUUUCUGCUACCAUCUACUUAAAGUCCAGAAACAUGAUGGCAAAGAUGAGAUUAUCAAAAACGUGCCAUUGAAGAAGAUGGUGGAGAGAAUUCGCAAGUUCCAGAUUCUAAAUGAUGAGAUAAUUACAAUCUUGGACAAGUACUUGAAGUCUGGCGAUGGAGAAAGCACCCCCGUGGAGCAUGUUCGCUGCUUUCAGCCUCCUAUCCACCAGUCUCUGGCCAGCAGCUGAGGACAUGUGUAUCAUAUUUUUGAAGAGUCCCAGUACUGACUGUAUUUAAUAACUAUAAGGGCAUGUUUUUCUUUCCAUAACGACUUAGCAAGAUUUUUAGGGACUUUUUAAUCAGUAUCUCUGUGUGUGUUAAAGGGGGUACUUUUCAAUUUAAAAGCUUAAUUUUAUAAAAUUGACUUAUUUUUCUAGACUAAAAUUGUAUAUGCUUUUGGUAAUUAGAAAGUCUGAGAAUAUUGGCUGCUUAUUGUUGCCAUCAUGUUCUUACAGAAUUAUUUUCCAUUUUUCUAUGGAAUGUUCCUAGCUGUGUCAAAGUGCUGCUGAGUUCAUCCAUUUAUUCCUUAGCAAAGGAUCAGUAUAUGUGGGGAAAGAUUUAUGGACUUAAGAAACUUAAUACCAGCUCAUUGUAAUAAAAUGCACUACCAAUUAGAAUUAAUGAUUAUUUAGCUUUUGUGUAGGGAUUUUUCUGAUGGUCUUUUAUGAGUAACCUUUUCUAAGUCAUUGUUCCCUUCCCUUUUUUGUGUCAAUGUUUCAGAAAAUAGUGAACUUGAUUCCUCUGCUUCUACUAAAUCCAGUUGUGACAGAAUCUAAUUUGUAAGGUAGGAUUUAAAGGUUACAGAAAUAAAACUAAUAAAACUUAUUUGUGUUUAUUCA